CUUCCUUAAUUUCACUCACUCCCACUUCGUUCCGUGUCGUGGUUUCCCUUGCCCCUCAACACCCAGUGAUGGUGGCGCUGUCGCUGUUGGGGAAAAUCCGAAUCCAAAAGUGGUAGUAGAUGACGAGAAAAGCCCAAGGCGGAGAAGCAUCCCAGACGCAAACAAACUCGGACAAUGGUUAGAAACAUGACACGCAAGUACUGCAAAAAGUAGAAGGAGAGAAGAAGAAGCGCUCUCGCCGCUUUAUUCAUUUCAUUUUUGGACCUUACGGAGACACCCCUCUUUCUUGUCCUCUACCCUUUACUUCUCUCCACACAGUAUAUAUGUUACUUUCUGCUUGGUUUCGUCUUCCUCUCCAUCUCUCUCGCACCUCAUGUUGCUCGAUUUCAUCACCACCGCUGCGUAGAACUCUCUUUCUUUCUUCGUCUGUUUCUUCCUUAGACCAUGUCGCUCAAGCGCCCCCCCGAUGAUGGGAAAACUCCAGACGACAAGCGUAGAAAGCCUCCUCCUUUCUCCAGUGUGGUGCGUGACGUGAUGAAGUUACAAGCACUCGGGCAUUUGCUGGAGCCAAUUCUAGAGCCCUUGGUUCGUAAAGUGGCUGCAGAUAACUUGUGUUGCAUCCAGUUUAUGGUGCCUAUUGUUUUUGCCUAACUCCAGGUUAAGGAAGAAGUUGAAGCCGCCCUAAAGAGGCAUUUAACCAGCAUGAAACAGACCUGUGGAAAGGAGUUUCAUACUACUGAAUUAAGAAAUUUGCAGCUGCAGUUUGAAAACAGCAUUUGUCUUCCUGUCUUUACAGGAGCUCGAAUUGAAGGAGAGGAUGGCUCCAACUUAAGAAUAAGUUUAGUUGAUGCCCUAACAGGGAAGGUUGUUAGUACAGGACCUGAAUCGUCAGCUAAGGUGGAAAUUGUAGUCCUUGAGGGUGAUUUUGAAGAGGAAAGUGAAACUUGGAUGCCUGAAGAGUUCAAGAGCAAUAUUGUGAGAGAGAGGGAAGGAAAAAAGCCUCUUCUUACAGGAGAUGUAAUUUUAUAUCUUAAAGAUGGGAUUGGUAUGGUGGGUGAAAUUUCAUAUACAGAUAAUUCAAGCUGGACAAGGAGCCGUAGGUUCAGACUUGGAGCAAGAGUUGUGGACAACUUUGAUGGUGUUGGAAUAAGAGAAGCAAAGACAGAAUCAUUCAUUGUCAGGGAUCACAGAGGAGAAUUGUACAAGAAGCACCAUCCUCCUAGUCUGUCUGAUGAAGUUUGGAGAUUGGAAAAAAUAGGCAAGGAUGGAGCUUUCCACAAGCGCUUGAGUCGGGAAAAGAUCCUUACUGUUAGAGAGUUUCUCACACUUCUCAAUCUGGAUCCAGCAAAGCUGCGCAGUAUACUGGGCACUGGUAUGUCUGCAAAGAUGUGGGAAGUAACUGUGGAGCAUGCUCGAACUUGUGUACUUGAUACAACGAGGCACGUGUACUUCCCUUCUAAUUCUCAAGAACCUGGUGUGGUCUUCAAUGCUGUGGGACAAGUGACAGGACUGCUUUCUGAAUGCGAGUAUGUCACAGUAGAAAAGCUGACUGAAACUGAAAAGGCUGAUGCUCAAAACUCAGUUACUGCUGCAUUAAGACAAGGGGAGAAAUACACAACUUUUGAAGAUGAAGACUCUCUCAUGGAUGGGUCUUCACACUUAACUAAUGUACUCUACUCCCCAAGCUCUCCCAAGACUGAGGGAUCAAGUGCCAUUUUGGCUCCCCAAAAGACUGGAGGAUUCAAUUAUCCGCCUGCAAGUGCCUCUUCCCCAGAUAUCAUGUCAUCCAUUUAUUCUGUUGGUGGAACUAGUAGCUUGGAUGACUAUUGCUUGCCUAAUUUUGACAGCAUGGGCUUUAGAUAUGAUCAGACCCUCAGCUUUCCAGUCCAAGUUUCCAACUCUUUGAUCUGUGACACUGAUUCAAUGGCUCAUGCUUUUAGUGAUGAAGAUCAUCUGCAAUUUUUUGACACUGAUCUUCAAUCUCACGUUCAAGCAGAUUUACAGGGUGCUAUUGAUAGCUUCAGGCUGGCACGUCCUACGGCCAAUGGUGGUGCACAGAGGAGAUGGAGAAAGGUAUGCAAUGUCCUAAAAUGGUUCAUGGUUAGGAAACGAGGAAAUCAAAUACAGGUAAGGUUGUGAAGAACAUGAAGUUUCAGUUACUAUUGUACAUUGUGCCCAUGAAUGCAGCCAAAAAAAUAUUCUGUUCCUUUAUAGAGAUAAGUUAUGGUUUCUCUUAGUUGUAAAUACAUCUAUGCAUUUGUUCUUAUAGCUUGCUAGAUAUCAUAGAAUUGCUCUAUCCUUUUGUUAUUAGGAUGUAAAUACUUGUAUUUUACAGUCAGGAGAGGAUUUCUGGUUGAUGGCAGAUGCUUUGUAAUUUCAAGAUCCAUUGACCUUUAUUCUAAAUCAUAUUUUUGUAAGCAUGUUUUGUCCAAUAAAAUCAGUUUUCCCCCUGAGAA